AUCCUCUCGUUCAGUCUCAGUCUUGACGGGUGCUGCAGCAUCAAGUCCACGAGACGAUUUCACUCGAGCUUUCUCCUUUCUCUCUCUCACGUCUCGACUUGGGCUUUGACACUGAUCAGAUGAAAGCGAGCACUUCUGAUGACACCUGCGGCUGUUUCUCCACAUUUGGUAUCAGUAACUCCUCAUGAAGAAGAAUCGUGAGCAAAUCAUCCUUCAGAACGAUCACAUUAUAAUCACAGUCUGAGGAUUUCUUUGUUCUGAGCAGCAGAAACCACAAACUACAAGGUUUUGAUGUUUCAUUCUCUACGUUUUUUUUGUGAUAUUUCAAAACUCUUGCUUGUUUGUCUUGUUCCUCAAAUCCGUCUGUUGUGGUGAUUCGUCACGUGGUCCAGAUGAGUUUUCUCAUAUGUGGUGCCGUCUGGCUCCUCACCGUUCAUCUCCCACGAGAGAACGUGAGCUGCUGGGGACUGAGAUCUGCUGACGGGUCCCCUGAAAGACCCCACAGUGACCCCAAACGUUCAUGGGACGCCCUGCAAAGACAGAAACGAAACUGGGUUUGGAAUCAGUUCUUUGUUCUUGAGGAAUACACAGGGACUGAUCCUCUGUAUGUCGGCAAGCUGCAUUCAGAUGUGGAUAAGGGUGACGGAAACGUCAAGUACGUGUUGACUGGAGACGGGGCGUCCUCUAUCUUCACUAUCGAUGAGAAAACUGGGGACAUCCACGCCACCAAACGUCUGGACCGAGAGGAACAGGGUUAUUACACUCUGCGUGCUCAAGCGGUCGACAGCAAAACCAACGCUCCGGUGGAGGCCGAGUCUGAAUUUAUUGUGAAGGUUCAGGACAUCAAUGACAAUGAGCCAAAGUUUCUGAACGGGCCGUACACUGCGGGAGUGCCUGAAAUGUCUCCUCUCGGCACCAUGGUGGUUCAGGUGACAGCGACAGAUGCAGAUGACCCCACUUACGGCAACAGCGCCAGAGUUGUUUACAGCAUCAUACACGGACACCCUUACUUCUCUGUGGAGCCCAAGACAGGCAUCAUACGGACAGCCCUGCCCAACAUGGACAGAGAGACACGAGACCAGUAUGUGCUGAUCAUUCAGGCCAAAGACAUGGUGGGCCAGAUGGGUGGACUGUCAGGUAGCACCUCUGUGACAGUCACGCUCACCGACGUUAACGAUAACCCUCCACGCUUCUCUCGCAAGUCAUAUCAGUACUCAGUGCUGGAAUCUGUGCCUGUGCCAUCAGUGGUGGCCAAACUGAAAGCCACAGAUGCUGAUAUUGACUCCAAUGCAGAGAUGGACUACCAUAUUAUAGAUGGAGACGCACCUGGUGUGUUCAAUGUCACCACAGACGAGGAGACACAAGAGGGAGUCAUCUUUCUACAGAGGCCUUUGGACUAUGAAAGUAAAAGCAGUUUUUCUCUGAAGAUUGAAGCCACUAAUCGGAAUAUUGACCCUCAAUUUCUGACCUUUGGCCCCUUCAGUGAUACAGCGGCUGUAAAGGUCAUAGUAGAGGAUGUCAACGAGCCGCCAGUCUUCUCCCCCCUGAUCAGUAAGAUGGUGGUAUCUGAGGCAGCGAGGGUUGGGACGGUCAUUGGUAGAGUUUCAGCCCGUGAUCCAGACUCACCCAGCAGUGCCAUCAGGUACUCCAUAGACCGGAACACAGACCUGGAACGCUUCUUCAAUGUGGAUGCUCUGACUGGUGUCAUCAGCACAGCCAAAGUCCUUGACAGAGAAGUCAAUUCAGUCCACAAUAUCACCAUAUUUGCCACUGAGAACCACGACCCGUCUCAGGUUGGCAGAGGAAUCGCUCUAAUCACAGUCAUGGACAUUAAUGACAACGCUCCUGUGUUUGCUAUUGAGUACGAGACACUCUUAUGUGAAAAUGCAGCACCUGGACAGGUCAUUCAGACGAUCAGUGCUGUGGAUAAAGAUGAGCCUCCCAGUGGCCAUCGUUUCUAUUUCUCUCUCACUUUCUCUGCUGCCAAUAAUAACAACUUCACCCUCAGAGAUAAUAAAGAUAACACUGCAUCAGUGCUGACUAAGCGUGCUGGUUUCCAGCGGCAGGAGCAGUCACUGUACCUGUUACCAGUGUUGAUUGUGGACAGUGGAAGUCCGGCCUUGAGCAGCACUAACACACUUUCCGUGCGAGUGUGUGACUGUGAUGUGGAUGGCGUUCCUCAGGCGUGUGGUGCCGUGGCUUUCUCUCUUCCUGCUGGUCUCAGCACUGGAGCGCUGCUUGCUAUACUGGGCUGCAUCAUCACUCUUCUGGUGCUGAUCCUGUUGAUCGUGGCAAUGCGACACAGACGAAAAACACCUCUUUUCCUUGAGGAUGAACGUGAUGUGAGGGAGAAUAUUGUUCGGUAUGAUGAUGAAGGAGGAGGUGAAGAAGAUACAGAAGCUUUCGAUAUGGUCACCCUGCGUAAUCUGAAUAUUGUACGUGAUUCAAAGGUCCAGGAUGUCAGUCCAGAAACAGCCUCUGUCUACCCAUACUCAACUUCAGCUACCUCCAGGACAUCUUAUAAAAUGCUUCCUGACAACAUUGUCUUUCAAGAAUUUAUCUGGGACAGGCUGAAAGUAACUGAUGUGGAUCCCUCAGCACCACCCUACGAUUCUCUGCAAACGUAUGCUUUUGAGGGAAAUGGCUCUGUAGCAGAGUCUCUAAGCACACUGGAAUCGCCCAGUUCAGAUUCAGAGCAGAGUUAUGACUACCUCAGCAACUGGGGGCCACGCUUCAGAAAACUGGCAGACCUAUACGGCAAUCUCGAAGGAAGCAGUAUUUUCUCCUAGCCUUUCCUUCAUGGAGAACACUGGCCUAUAAAUAUUUGAGAAUGUAACAACUGUUAUUGUACUAAAUGCAUAAAGGCAAUGUGUAAGGUCUGUGUUUUGUUUGUUGGCUUCAUCAGAUUUGCAGAAUAACUCUAAUGAAACAAAAUCAUGAUACCAGGGUUUGAUUUGGUAGGUGUACCACAGGGUUCCUCAGAUCUGCCCAUGGCCCUGCAGAGUUCAGCUCCAAUCUUAAUCAAAGACACCUGAACAAGCUACUGAAGGUCUUCAGAUUCCAAACACUCUAUUAGAUCCAAACAAAAAUCUCAGUUGGACACACAGUGAUCCACCUUUUCUGAAAUGUUCAAAUAUUGGUGUAUGGGGCUAGGGGUCUCCAGCGGACCAAAUAACCUUAUCUGCAGCAAUCUCAAAUAAAACAAUAAAACAAUUUCAAUUCAAUUUCAAUUUCAUUCAAAUAAAACAAUUUAAAAUCUACAUUCUACAAAAAUCUAUAUUUCAUUUAAAUAUGCCUGGUAUAACCCCUUUUUUUUUAAUUAUAAUUCUAACUAUUCUUUAAAUAUCUUCUAAUUAAAACAAUAAUGCUAAGUAUUAAAUGUAAGAAAAAAAUAAAUGUAUUAUUUAUUUACUUUCUUAUUUACUUACUGUACUUACCUACCUUCCUACCAGACUUUGUAUAGAGAGUUUGUAUAUCAGCACAAUCAUCCACAAUCUCUGUCUGCUAGCCGGCUUUGGGAAAGAGUGAAACAGAGUAACAUUGUGUAUCAUAAUGUACAAGGUUUAAAUACAUUUAAAUAGAUAGUAAAUAGUAAAAAUGUCUAUGAUUCAUUACAUUAUUUGAUAUUACUCUUGAUAUAGCUCUGAAAGACAC